CUUUUAUAUAUUUUCAAAUAUGUGUAGACAUUUGCACAAACAGCACAGCAGUUCAGAUGGAAAUCCUUGAUCAGCAUAACACUUUCAGGCGAGCUGUUCAGCCUACGGCAGGUGACAUGCUCAAGAUGAGCUGGAGUGAGGAGGCUGCAGCCAGUGCUCAGGCAUGGGUUGAUACCUGUUCCAUGGCUCAUGGUCCACCCAGCAGUCGCAUGAUUGGAGACUAUGAAUGUGGCGAGAACCUCUUCAAAUCAUCUGCAUCAUAUGCUUGGACGGAAGUUGUCACAGCCUGGCACAGUGAAGUCAUUAAUUACCUAUAUCCUAAUGGCUCUAUCAAUGGUCAAUCCAUUGGUCACUAUACACAGGUAGUGUGGAAUAGCUCUUACAAAGUUGGCUGUGGAGUAGCCAUAUGUCCAGGCUCAGUCUAUUUCUACGGCUGCCACUAUUACAGAGCUGGGAAUUUCAGAGGAGUGCCCCCAUACAAGGUUGGAGCGCCAUGUGCCAUGUGUCCCAAUGCAUGUGAAAACAACCUUUGCACCAAUCCCUGUCCUUACGUAAACAAGUAUCCCAACUGUGCAGCACUUAAAGCAAAGGCCGGGUGUUCCAACAUUUGGGUGUCUGCCUUUUGCCCUGCCCUCUGUAAAUGCCACAAUGAAAUAAUUCCAAUAGCUCGAAAAUAGGAAACUCCUAUUUCAUGGUCUCAAGAUGCUAACAGUGUAUUUCAUGUGUUAUUAUCACUUUGAAUCAUCUCAAAGUUGGCUUCUUGUUUUAAAAAAACCCCACAUUGCUGAUACCUUGAUUUAAGUCAGUUUAAUAUAAUUUCCAGAUAAUAUCAAAUCAUGUUCAAGAAUGUUGACAUAAAUACUUUCCUUGAUCAAAUUAUUUUUUACAGUUAUGCAGUGGUUGACUUGAGCACAUG